AACAGUGAAAACCUUUUAGGGCUAAACCCUCUCUCUCUGUCUAAACAUGCAGGCUCGAUGACUCUGAGACGAACUAUAGCUUUACUUGCCCGAUGUUGCCUCUCACCUCAAACUCUAACCCUAAAUCACUUUUACGCCCUCAAGCCCUUGCCUCUUUACCGUAUUCCUAAAUGUCAUCGCUCUCUCUUUUCAAUUUCGGCAUCGCACUUCCGUCAGAUUCCGGCCAGGCAGGCGAUUUUUCGGCCGUUUUCAAUGCCGGGAAACUCGAAAUCCGACCAUGAUUUCGGCGAAGAAUUAGAAGAAGAUGAUGAUGCUGAUGAAGAAUCAGAAGAAGAUGAUGAUGCUGAUGAAGGAUCAGAAGAAGAUGAUGAAUCUGAUGAAGAAGAAGGGGAAGGAAAUUCAGUGUCGAGAUGUGUGGUUGAAAGGGCGGAUUCUGCUGUUGCUAAAGCGGAAGAUGCAGCGAAUAUUGGUUAUAAGGUGAUCGGCAGUUUGGGACCCUCGGAUCGUCCAUUCAAGUCGUGGGAGCCAGUGUUUGCAGUUGUUCAGAUUGGUUCUCAUCAAUUUAAGGUCUGCAAUGGUGAUUCCAUCUACACUGAAAGGCUGAAAUAUUGUGAAGUAAAUGACAAGUUGAUUUUGAAUAAGGUUCUGAUGCUCGGGUCAAAGACACAGACCAUCAUUGGUCGGCCGACUCUGCCAGAUGUGGCUGUACAUGCAGUGGUUGAAGAACAUGCCCUGGAUGCCAAAGUGAUAAUUUUCAAGAAGAAAAGGAGAAAAAACUAUCGCAGGACCAAGGGUCACCGCCAGGAAUUGACUAAGCUCAGAAUAACCGAUAUUGAAGGGAUAGAUAAACCAGAAGCGGCUCCAGCUGCUGCUUAAAGACCAAACAUCUGUGUGUGUGUGAGAGAGAAUAUCUGAGGAUAACGUGAGUCAAACCGAACUUUGGCUUAACUCAGAAUGGGCCCCUGCUGUUAUUAUUAGAGUUGGGGAUGAUUUUUGGAGAUAAAUAUCUGAAGAUUUUUGGAAUUCCAUUCAUUGAAUGUUUCAUUAGUAAGGUGUCGUCAGUCUGCUAACUUUUGCCAUGGAUGUUUGGUUAUUUCAUGAUAGACACUGUUGUUUUUCAUCUGUCAAUCUUGUUUUUCUUUUGGGAUC